AUGUGGUUUGUUAAUGCCAAGGAUGGGGCUCCUGUUUGGGCUAAAAGGCCUACAGGGGGAGAUACUUGUAUACUUCAAGCAUUUGGUGCCCUGGGGUCGGUGAGUGCGGCCAAGGAGGAAAAGUAUUACAGCUUCAUUGGCAAACAGGCAGUGAUACCUGUACUUGUUUCUGCUGACCAGUUGGAAGCAAAACUCAGGUUACUGGAGUCUCGAGUCAAUAAUGAAGACAGAUCCAAAAAGCUAUCUGUUCUGGGACCAGAGGAAGUUCUCAGAUUCCUUGAGGAGUCAAAGACAAGAGAGCAAUUGCUUCCUGGUGGAUUGCUGGUUCAAAGUUGGUCUCCUAUUGCCGCUCAGAAGUCCAACCUAGAUCUUCUACUGAAACGAGAGCUUGUCUGGAUUUAUUCACAUCCUGAGGAUUCUAGUGACUCUGCAUCUUCUUCCAAGGUCACACCUGGCAGUAAUGGCCCCCAAGCCUCUCCAGAAGGGUUUCUUAGCCUUGGUUCUCAACCAUAUCCAAUGCCUUUUGCAGACAGAUUAUGCUAUAUAGAUAUCGACCUGUUUGGAAAUGAUCCAUCUUGUGCUAAGGUCCAUGUUCUAGAGCACUUGGAAAUCGGAGUAAAAGGAUUACCAGCAGGGAGUGGUAUAAUAUUAGUCCUAUAUGCAGAGAAGAGUCUCCAGACUGAGCUUGUCCAACUGUGUGAAGGGUUGAAUAUAUACUGUUGUAUUAUUGAGCAGUUUAUUUUUGAAAGCCUGGUCUGA